AUGUCGAUUACUGAAGGUAAAUCGAAAACGCAACCAUUGUAAGGUGGACAAAGGUCUUCUGCUUUGUAGCAAGAACCCAAGCCACAAGAAGGAACAGAGGAUGACGGACGAGGGUAUUAACCAUUGCGCAUUAAGAGUCCAGGGAGUUUACUGCCAUAAAUAAGCUGAGUCAACUGCGUCGAUCAGUUUACUUCGGACUUUUAAUGUUUCAGUCUUAUUUGCUGCAUUCAUCGACAAUAAACAUUAUGGUCUCAUGUUUGAGGCGCCCGGCAUGGCGUUAAAUCCUAUAAGGGACAGAAUAUUGCACUUGUACCUCAAAGCGCUAUAGCAGCUUAUUAUGACAAACUAAUUACCGGUACUUUUUCUUAUUGAUUGGCGGUAAAAACGGAUGAUUGACAAGGGUCUUUAAGAAAGAAAACGAAAUACUAAAGUUACUGUGUUAGAAGUGAAUAGACGUUUUUAGAACAGUGAAUGAAUAUGUUGUGUACCAGGCCUGUACAUUAGAUUAAAUGUUGUACAAUGUUUUGGUUCUAGGUUUUUCCACCGGAGCACAGUUAUGUUAGAAGCAAACGUAGUUAUGUAUCAAUAAUCGUCUAUCUUAAACUGUUACUUCCAAAAUUCACCUCAAAAAGACACAAAAUAUAAAUCCAAUCUUUCGGAGCAAUUUAUUACCUUGAAUCCCAUGAAAAAUUUGCGUCAUGUGUUUAUGAUAAGCUCCUGAUAAAAAGAACGUGACUAGCAUAAACUGGCCCUUACAGAUUCCAUUUUUGUAGCCAACACCGUUUUUUAUUAUCAUAUCUAGUAAUUUUCCGCGUUCCUUUCUGCAUACAUAAUGCUCCGACCCUAUUCUAUUUUCUUAAUAAUAAAAACAUGCUGUCAUUGAAACAUUGUCUUUUUACCACUCAUUUUUAUCAAAAUUAUAUUUCACAUUACUCGUCUAAAAUGCAACAAGCAAAAAUAACACGCGUGCUAACGCAUUACGGUUGGGGAGGGUGUGAUCUUUUGUUUUGUCUUGUCUUGUUUUUUCUUUGUUACCUGCAAAUAACAGUUAGAGUGAUUGAAGAAAGAAAAAUAAUGAAAAAUAAUGAAAAACUGCCGCCGUAAGUCAGCAAGUAGUAAUAUCAUCUAUUUUUAAAUUCAAAACCACCAACUUUCAAUUUCCUGAUCACAGUCUCGGUAGUAGUUCAUUUAUUCCUUAAUGGUUCAUUACCCUUUCAGUUUCGAGUCCGUGAUAUUGUGGACAUUUUGUGGUUCGCAAGAUCUCUUAUCUCAUAUUUAUUGUCUACCAGGAAUUAACUCUUCUCAAUGUACAAGGCCGAUCAAUACAAACAACUAAACGCCUCGCUUACUGCCUUUUUCGAAAAUCACUUGAACAUAAAGAACUGUCCCAUAAUGACGCACAACAUCUACAUCCCCAGGUGAAAUACAGUACUCAUAGACGGAAAUCCGUUUAAGUGGCUCGCUCCAAAAGCUACCCUUAUGACACGUUAUAACAACCUUUCUCUUCAUUUUCUUUCUACAACACCAUCACUCAAGGCACCCUAAGGCGGUGUACAUUCAUUCUAUUAGAUAUUAUUCAAAAACUGAAGGCGCCGAUAAUUUGUAUAUGUUUUUCCUUCAAAAUGUACUAAAGAUAUGCCAUCAAUUAACAAAUGACAAUACCUUGUAUUAAUCAAAGAAGGAAAAAUACUCAACCGAAUAAAAUAGGUGCAACAUCAAAAUAUCACUAAUAAUACCAUAUGAAAUAUCACUAUCUGUCAGAUCCGUAGCAUUUUAUUAUUUUCUCUCUCCUUCUCUACGAACUAUUUUUUUUUCCUUUCCCUAUUUAACUUAAUGGGGCCCUAUCCAUAGGCAAUCACGUGGUAAGGUUUCCUCGAUUCCUUUUUUUUUUGACAGUGGAGGUAGCUAGUUUAAUGGAAACAGAAAUUUAGCUUUGUAUGUAAUAGCGGAGCUCCACCCGCACGCGAAGCGCGCGUGUGGACGGAGCUCCAUAGCUAAGGAAAUGUGGUAAUCUACCCAUCCGAGAAAAUUUGGUAAUCACGUGACCGUACGCCCGACCGUCCGUCCGCACCACAGGGAAACCAAUGUUUUCUCUCACACUUUCUAGCUAGUUUGGGAGCCCAGUAGAAAACUAAUUGCACGUUAAUGUUGUGAUCAAUUGACAGCUGUCAAAACAGGAUAUCCGCUGACCAGUGUCACCUGACCGUACCGCGGGCUCAAGUGUUGAUCCAUCGAGGUCGAGUAUUUUUUUGAAGUUAUCCGCUGACAAAUUACCAGUUUCAAAUGAUCGCAGGCUCAAGUCUAUUUUUUCAAUGAUUCAUAUGAAAUAUGUUGUGUUUAUGUCACUAUGUCCCCCGCACUGUCAAAAUUUUGAUUUCAAACUGACCUCGGACGCGAAAAUUCAGCCACUUUUUUAAAAAUAAAGGCGGGGAAGAUCUUUUCUUACCAUGGUCACGCGUUGGUCACGCUCUACGUCCAAUUUUUGUACUCUGAUUGGCCAAAAUUUGACAGGUGAGUUCAUGCGGAAAAUUUAUGCAGCAUCUUGAAAGUUGUUUACUUUGACAGGUAAAGCUGACAGAGUUUUGUGUCAACUUGUGAUGUUUUUAACUGUCUUUUUCCACUGGAUGUACAAAAUGAAAUACAGCUGCUAUCAAGAGUCUUCUGUUAUCCAUGGCUGGUUUGUUUAUUGGGUUUUUGGUUGAGAAAUGCGUCGCUUGUUGUCGCUUGUCAAAAUUGGGUAAUCCGAUUUCGGAUGGCAUUGUUUUCGUCUUUCCGGCCUUGCUCAAUGCGUAAGAGGGUUUAAAAGUCUCAAGCAACUAUGGCCUUCCUUGAUAUCUUUCAGGAACUGAAUCUCGAAUGGUAAGCCUGAGUAAUUAUUGUAUUUGAUGUUCGUUUUUGUUAUAUCUAAUUUCAUGAAGUCGAGCACAGUUUAUGCGGCAAGUUUUUGCACGUUUGUUAAGAUUUGAGUCAAUGAUCUGAUCUAAUAUCAGGUUUGAUAUAAGCUUACAGAACUUUGAAAGGCCUUCAGAUUUUUUUUUCACGACAAAUAGAAAAAAAACGUUCCGAAGAAUAUUUAGUUAUAAAUUUGGCUGUAGAAAGAAAACUUUGAGUGAUUUUCUUGCUUCGAGGAGUUCAUCUUUGAAAAACAAAACAAACACCGGGAGGCCGGCUGAAAGUAAAACAAAAUAAACUUAAGCUUAAGCUUUAAGCUUAAAGGCUCAGGAUUUUUAGAAACACUUUAAUACUUGUCUUGGUGAAUGAAAAUUGUUGUCUCUGUAAAUGUUUUACCGAAUUAUAUUUCUUUUAUUGAUUGUUAGUAGUCUCUCUUGCAAUUUUAAUCGCUUGUCCGUGGUGUUUGUUUUCAUCGUUCAUGAACAUCGCUUGCAGGAGUACUUAGAAAUGUCGCGCGUAUCAAACGCUUUAUAAGAUUACACAUCGUUAUGACUGGAACCAUUAAAUAACAAAAAGUAAUGAUAAUAAAUUCGUUAUUAUGUUGAAGCGUAUCUCCAUUAAAGUUCAUUCAAACACUCGACCACACUGACAGCUCGCACUAAAAAUGAGAACCGGCUGGCCGUAUGGGUGAUUUUGGAAAUUUUUUGAACGGUUUCGCUAAAAGCCCACGAUUGAUCGUCCUGGACAUUGAAAAAUUGUGAAAUGCCGUAUUCUGUCCGAGGUCCGUAUGAUAAAAAGUACUGUUUCACCUCAGAUGUGAUGUAUAAAAAGUAUAAAAGGUUGGUUUACAGACCCUCAGAUUUGUUGGCAAGGAUUUGUAAAGUAAACCUGUCGAACGCAUAAAAAUGCGGCCUGAUUUGUUAUCCAAGAAUUUGUUUUCGAGGCCUAAUCUACUGUGAUCAAGAGCAAUUAUGGCUCUUGAAUGUGGUAGAAGAUGUUUGCUAUUUUUUGGGUGUACAUAUAUUUAAGCUAUCAACUCGAUGUAAGAUGUUUCACUCUAAAAUAACUUAUCCUUUCCCUCAAAAGUCACAUGAAUGUGCCCUUAAGUUAACUGAUUUGUGGAUUACAAGUUUCUUGUUUGAUUUAAAAUAUAAAUUUAUUAAUGGGAGCUUCGCUUUUAGCCCUGGCUAAAUCUAUAUAUUAAUGUUAGUGGUAGGUUAGAUAAUAUUGGCAUAUAAACAAGUGGAACACUCUUCGGCUAAUUCUGUUAUAUCUUUCAUUAUUUUUAAUCUAGUUGCGCAAUUUAAACAUAAGGAAUCUCUCAUCCUCGGAGACCCAGGGGAAGUUAGUCGGGACGAUAGAAUGUUCGUGGUGAAAGUUUACCGUAAAACUUUCACCACGAACAUUCUAUCGUCCCGACUUAUUGCCCCUAGGUCUUCGAGGCUGAGAAUCUCUGAAACCAAAAUCCACAGUAAAAACAAUCUCCGGUGACAAAUUAUCAAACAAAAUGAUGCAGAACUUUCCGUUAUUUUUUUUUUUUUUUUCGAAUUGAGACUAUAGCCACACAAACUAUAGGCAGAAACGCUGAAAAUAUUGAGUACUUACAAUUUACAUAGGAAGACUGGAAUUUCUGCCCGGAAAGUCAAAUGGUUCUCACCGUUACCUUUUAGAAUCUUCAGAAAACGUGGACUUUGUUCUUAGGCGAUCCAACUUUUUACUCCUUUCAGACUUCUCAUCUGAUUUCGAUAUACUUUGUAGCGAGUUGUUCUUGCACUACGAUUAGUUUUAUAGAUUUAUGUUUUAUUGAAGGGAAAAAAUGAAACAGCAUAUGCAUCUAACCGCUAGUAAAACGCGUUGGUUCGUCUGACCCCUCAAAAAUGAGUUGCUGCUGUUGCUGAGUUGCUGAGUUGUUUAAUUAAACAAAUUAUUAGAGUGGAUGUUCUUUAUGAAAGCACCUGUCUGCGUGAUCUAACCGCUCUGACAGGAUCGAAGUAUAUGCAUCCGGCCAAAAUGAAUGCUCUCUUCUUGGUAGCUUCUCAUUAACAAAAUCUAUAGUAUUGGACAUCUACAUCACCAUAGCGACUUAUCAAGAGCUCUUUUUUGAUCAGUUACUUCAAACGCAUCCUUUAUUUCAGUAUCGAAACUCUUCAGUCAGGUUAAUAUGCAAGUGAUAUCCCCAAUACAGUCACUAAACGCGGCCACAAUACAAUAAAAUAGAUAUUUCUUUGACUUCAGAUAAAUAUCCUCAUGACUUCUAGUCUUGUGUCAAUAAACAUGUCAGAAUAGUUUUUGCUGAAAACCAUUAUCCACGAGUUUGAUUAGAAAAAGCACUUAGCCUCGACUUCAUUAAGGGGAAUUAGACCGUCCCUUUCAAUUGCGCUCGCCCUCUUUCUCUCCAAGCCACGUACACACUAUCUGCGAUUUAUGUGCGCGUCCAAUACUCCGUUUCUGUUACCUUUUUUUACGAUAUACAGACUGAUUAACAUUCUGUUAUCAUUACAGUUAUUAUCGACUAUCGAAAUUCUUGGAGAAUUUUAUUGUGACGUAAGUUAUUAUGCGUCAAGCAAUACCGUUAGUUCAUGCUGAGUCGACUUUCUGACAAAGUGAGAAAACGGAAUAAACGUUUUAUUUUCGGAGUUUGGCUAUUAAAAAAACAGUUCGCUCAAACAACACGAAUAGUUGUACAGAACAAAUACAAGGUCCACGGAAAACAGCACAUAUCUAGCAAACAGUUGAGCAAAAGAGACCUAAAUAUCAAGUUUAAGUGAAUUAAUCUGUCUCUUGUGUAACAAGGACUAGAUAGUAGACAGAGAAGUAGGUUGUUAUUCUUUAAAGGGGACUACAACAGCUUUAAGUGCAUGUCUUGCCCCCAUCAAAACCGUUAUAUCCAAAAAAAGUCAACAGUUUAUUUAUUGGUGUCAAAAAUUACAGACGGUUUUUAUUCCGUUUUCUCCUUUUUCAGUAGUGAUCAGCAAACGUUCAGGAGCAAGAAAUUCUGGUUUUGGAGGCGAAUGGUUCAAUUCAUCUUGAUUGUGUGUUAGCAAGAGAACAUAAGGUACGAGGCUCUUAUGUUCUCAUGGCGUUGGCCGAUUCGAAUGGAGGUAAGGACUCGGGAGCAGACUGCAAACCACACUUAAAGAGUUACCGUUCCUGCUUGCAGUUUAGUUUACUCACGCUUCAUUGACUAUUUCCUUGCAACACAGUAACAUCCAACUUUAUUAGUGGUUACAGUUUUUCACAGUCUCACAGUAACAGGCUUUCGUUUAAUAGGAAUUUCAAUGCGCACAUCUAAGCGUACAGGUUCUUAAGACUAGGUUAGACCAAGUGGCCUUUGUUGUAGUUUUGCCUAACACUGUUUACGUAAGUUGAAAUGGAGAUAUUAUCGACGCACUCCACUCACUGGUUAAUACCCUCGUCCCUCAUCCUCUGUUCGUUCUUGUGGCUUGGGUUCUUGCUACAAAGCAGAAGACCUUUGUCCUCCUUACAGUAGUUGCGUUUUCGAUUUACCUUUAGUCAUCGACAUCUUGGUUAUAGUAUUUCCUUUUAAAUUUUUCUUUCAAUAUAAUUCACAUAGUUUCUGGCUAUAAGCAAGUAAUUAAAACAAAGAAAACACAACUUUAACAAGAGGCUUUUUAAAAGAGUUGUUGAGAAUAGGUUGGCAAAGUUAACAAGUUCGUUGCCUCUUUAUUAUUGGACUGCCUGUUUAAACCAGACCAACUACGUAAACAGUAAAAUGAAGAUGAUGUAAACUGUAGAUAUAAGAAUUUAAGUGAAGGUAUGACCGUCACAGUUUCAUUCCUUUCAGCGGGGGAAAAUGAACUCAGCCAAUCAGUUGCCUGCCCCCGAUGUGUGGGUCUUCAUAGCUCAGUGGAAGAGUACUGCAGCGUUAACAAAGCUCUAAUCCGGUUGAAGCCCCGAAAUUUUUGGGUUUUCCAAUUUCUUAAAUUGCUAUUACAACUGCGUCAAGCAUAUCUACAUUUCAAUUUACGCAAGCACUGUUACCCAAAAUUACAAGAAAAGCCACUUGUACGAACCGAGCGAUUAAGAACCUGUAUGCUUACAUGUUCCCAUUGAAAUUCUUAUUAAACUAAAUCUUGUUAGUGUGAGACUGUGAAAAACUGUAACCACUAAAAAUAGACCUGGAUGUUACUGUGUUGUAGGGAAAUAGCCAACGAAGCGUGAGAAAACUAAACUGCAAGCAGGAACUGUGAUUACUUCAGUGUCGUUUGCAGUCUGCUUCUGAGUCCUUAGCUCCAUUUGAAUUGGACAAAACCCUGAGAACAUGAAGGCCUUGCAUCUAUAUAAUGUUCUCUUGCCAAUAUACAAUCAACAAGCUUCGAAUAUUUCAGGUUUUCAUUACUUUUUUUUCUUGUUAGUAACGAUAAGUGUUGAUAUGAAACUUUAAAAAGCCCUUAUAGAGCUCUUCAAAGAAUACUACCCUACUUCUCCACAUACUUGCUUAGUCCUUAUAACACAACAGACAGAUUGAUUCAGCAAAUUUAAUGUUGAGUUCUCUUUGGUCCAACAAUUUGCCAGAUAUGUAUGUGAAGUUAUGCUGUUUUCCGUGGACUUUGUAUUUAUUCAGUACAAUUAUCGCAUAAUCAAGUGUGCAAUAUCGUUAACCAGUACCGCAGAACAAUUACUUCCUUACUGGUACCACAAACUUCCUUUGGCUUGAAUUUAUCUUUACUCCGAAAUCUUUAUAACACCAAACAACACAUGUUGUUUGCUCAAGCUCUUCUUCUUUUUAGUAGUUGAACUCAGAAAAUAACCUGUUUCUUUGGUUUUCUCAUUUUCUCAAGGAGUCAAUAUUGAUAAACAAUAUUUUGCGUUGCAUAAUAACUUUCCUUGCAAUGAUAUUCUCCAAUAAUUCCGACAGUCAAUAAUAACUGUAAUUAUAGUAACUGUAGAUUAUCAUAACUUGGCUAUUCGUUAGAUCUAACAUCUUGGAACAAAAUGAAAUAGUCGUCCUUUCCCGGACUCCCUGGUAUGUGCCGCUGAACACAAGGUUCUUGAGUUAUAAUCAGUUUAGAUUUUAUUUGGGUCUGGAGAAAGGAAACGCGAGCACAAAGGAAAAAAAGGUCCUUCUUAUUCCCCUUAAUGAAGUCGAGACGGAGUACUUUCUUCAUCAAACUCGUGGAUAGUAGUUUUCAGCAAGUACUAUUCUGACCUGUUACUAACAUUCCUAGUUCUUAUUCUCAAUAUGCUGAUUGAUGACACGACUAGGAGUCAUAACACGAUUAUCUGGAUUCAAAGAAAGCUUCAUUUUAUUGUUUAAGAAGGUUAGUCACUCUAUUGCGGGUAUCACUUGCAUAUUAAACUUACUGAAACAAGUUAUUAAUGGAGUAAAGGACGCGUUUUUAGUAUUCGAAUGAAAAGGAAACUCUUGAAGAGUUACACUCUGAGAUAAAUUACUGUUCCAAUAGUAAAAAAUUUGAUCAUGAAACCACUAAGAAGAGCGCAAUUAUUUUGGCCGGAUGCAUAUACUUCGAUUCAGUGAACUUAGAACACGCACACAAAUCGAAUCCGUCGAAAUAUAAAGUCAAAUUGUGACCGAAAUAGGUCUGAUCUGUCAAAUUAUAUCAUGUUCGAUCCUUUCCACCGAGUUUUAGGUCAAAUUUAACGGUAAAUUUAGGGGUCUUAGUUUUCGUAAUUACGAAAACUAACACCCCCACCAAAACAAUCUCUAAAAUUUAUACAAAGUCGAAUUACGACCGUUUGAAGACUAUAAUCCGUGAGACAAACGAAAACUACUAUCAUACGCGUGCUAUCUACGAUCCGCUAAUAAUUUGAAGACUCGCUUUAAAAAGAGGACCAAAGCCGUAGACUUCCUAAGUAUCUAUUGUACACUGAAAAUAUGCCUUACCCCUAUUGGUCUUUAAUUUUGUCGUUUAUCCUUUAAAUCAUGAAAUUGGCUUUCCACUGGAGAUGGAUGUUUCCCUUCGUGUCUCUGCUAUCGAGAUUGCGUUACCUGUAACUAUCACCUGAGGGGGUCUGUGUCGAGCGGUUGUCGUGUUUAUUUUAUUGUUCUGAAAUUAGAACUCCAAUUCUCGAGACGAUGCUUUGCUAGUAGAGGAAAUUCAUUCACUCAUUCGUUUUUUUUUAAUUAUUUCAUGAGUGAUUUUAGCGAUUAUCCCUCACAGACUAUUUCUCCUUGCCCCCCACCCCUACCCCUCAACUACCUUUGCAUUGUAACCCCGUGAUCUCCGGGGUGGCAACGAUAAAAACAAACGCUAGAAAAACGCAAUGUAGCAUAUUCUCCAUUUCUCGCCCUUUUUAUAAAAGCAAUUUUCUGUCUAUGACCUGGCCAGAAAAGGAAAAAAAAAAUCCGUAUUUUUGUGUGAUGUUUAACCGAUAACGCCGUUGACCACUUAGCGAUUAGCCAUUCAGGUCGGAGCGACAUGUCAGCCCGCAACGAAGACAAAAAUCCAUCUCCAGUGGAAAACCAAUUUUAUGACUUUAAGGAUAAAAAACCAAAAUUAUAGGGGUAAGGCAUAUUUUCAGUGUACAAUUAUACGUAGGUAAUAUAUAGCUUUCAUCCUCUUCUUAAAGCCACAAUAUUGAUAAUGUAUGUCUGCAAAUUGUUAGAAGAAGCGGAUCGUCUAGCACGCGUAUGAUAGUAGUUUUUGUUUGUCUUACGGACUAUGGUCUUCAAACGGUCGUAAUUCGGGUGUAUAUAUAAGUAAUUCGACUUUGUAGAAAUUUUAGAGAUUGUUUUGGUGCGGGUCUUAGUUUUCGUAAUUACGAAAACUAAGACCCCUAAAUUUACCGUUAAAUUUGACCUAAAACUCGGUGGAAAGGAUCGAACAUGAUAUAAUUUGACAAAUCAGACCAAUUUCGGUUGCAAUUUGACUUUAUAUUUCGACGGAUUCGAUUUUAGGGGGUCUUAGUUUUCGAGGGUCUUAGCUUUCGUAACACCCGUAUUCUUUGAAGAGUUCUACAAGGGCUUUUUAAAGUUUCAUAUCAACUGUUAUUUAAUUAUCAUAAAAAUGUUCAUUUAAGUAGACGUGGUCAGUCUUUAGAUUCAUUUAAAAUAAUUCUUCUUCGAUAAGAUAAAAUCUCUUUGAAACACCAAUUGAUGCCCGAUCAGGUCACAUGGUCUCAGUGUGCCACGCAUACAGUUGGAAUGUGAACAUCAAUUUCAUUAUAUUCUGGAUAAUGAAUCUUUCCUCAACACUAACAAACAAAAAAAGUCAUGGAAACCUGAAAUAUUUGAAGCUUGUUGAUUGUAUAUUGGCAAGAGAAUAUUAUAUAGAUGCAAGGCCUUCAUGUUCUCAGGGUUUUGUCCAAUUCAAAUGGAGCUAAGGACUCAGAAGCAGACUGCAAACGACACUGAAGUAAUCACAGUUCCUGCUUGCAGUUUAGUUUUCUCACGCUUCGUUGGCUAUUUCCCUACAACACAGUAACAUCCAGGUCUAUUUUUAGUGGUUACAGUUUUUCACAGUCUCACACUAACAAGAUUUAGUUUAAUAAGAAUUUCAAUGGGAACAUGUAAGCAUACAGGUUCUUAAUCGCUCGGUUCGUACAAGUGGCUUUUCUUGUAAUUUUGCUGUUUUGUUGUUUGUUUUGUCUCGUUUGUGUUUUUCCUUUGUCAGCUCCAGAUUACAGUUGGUGUGAUUCAAGAAAGAAAAAGGAAGAAAAAUAAUGACAAACUGCCUCAAGUCAGCAAGAAGUAAUACCAUUUAACACAUAACUAUAUUUUUGAAACCACCAACUUUUAUAAUUUCCUGAUCUCAGUCUCGGUAGUAGUUCAUUUAUUCCGUAAUGGUUCAUUACCCUUUCAGUUUCGAGUCUGUGAUAUUGUGGACAUUUUGUGGUUCGCAAGAUCUCUUAUCUCAUAUUUAUUAUCUACCGCAAAUUAACUCUUCUCAAUGUACAAAGCCUAUCAAUACAAACAACUAAACGCUUCGCUUACUGCCUUUUUCGAAAAUCACUUGAAUAUAAAGAACUGUCUCAUGAUGACGCACAACAUCUACAUCCCUAGGUGAAAUACAGUACUCAUAGACGGAAAUCCGUUUAAGUGGCUCGCUCCAAAAGCCACCCUUAUGACACUUUAUAACAUCCUUUCCAUUCAUUUUCUUUCUGAAAUAGCAUGUAUCACUCAAGGCACCCUAAGGCGGUUUAGAUUCAUUCUACAUGAGAUGUUAUUCAAACACUGAAGGGGCCGAUAAUUUGUAUAUGUUUUUCCUUCAAAAUGUACUAAAGACAUGCCAUCAAUUAACAAAUGACAAUAUCUUGUAUUAGUUAGAAAAGGAAAAAUACUGAACCGAAUAAAAUAGGUGCAACAUCAAAAUAUCACUUAUAAUACCAUAUGAAAUAUCACUAUCUGUCAGAUCUGUAGCAUUUUAUUCUUUUGUUUUUCGUUCUCUAAGAACUAUUUUUUUCCUUUCCCUAUUUAACUUAAUGGGGUCCUAUCCAUAGGCCAUCACGUGGUAAGGUUUCCUCGAUUCCUUUUUUUUGACAGUGGAGGUAGCUAGUUUAAUGGAAACAGAAAUUUAGGUUUGUAUGUAAUAAUGUUAGUGGUAGGUUAGAUAAUAUUGGUAUAUAAACAAGUGGAACACUCUUCGGUAAUUCUGUUCUAUCUUUCAUUAUUUUUAAUCUAGUUUCGCUAUUUACACAUAUGGAAUCUCUCACUCUCAGAGACCAAGGGGUAGUCGAGACGAUAGAAUGUUCGUGGUGAAAGUUUACUGUAACACGUUCACCACGAACAUUCUAUCGUCCCGACUUAUUGCCCCGGCCUAGGUCUCCGAGGAUGAGAAUCUCUGAAACCAAAAUCCACAGCAAAAACAGUCUCCGGUGACAAAUUAUCAAACAAAAUGAUGCAGAACUUUCUGUUAUUUUUUUUUUUUCGAAUUGAGACUAUAGCCACACAAACUAUAAGCAGAAACGCUGCAAAGUACUUACAGUUUACAUAAGAAAACUGGAAUUUCUGCCCGAAAAAUCAAAUGGUUCUCACCGUUACCUUUUAGAAUCUUCAGAAAACGUGGACUUUGUUCUUAGGCUAUGCAACUUUUUACUCCUUUCAGACUUCUCAUCUGAUUUCGAUAUACUUUGUAGCGAGUUGUUCUCGCACCACGAUUAGUUUAAGAGUGAUUUUCUGUAAAAUUCGAACUUCGGCCUGACACGGUACCUCAUCGAUUUGGCUGAUUUUUGGCAUGUAGUCUUAGAAUGGUGUCCUAAAUACUGAAUGCAUAUUCUAAGGUUCGAAUUCUCGUUGGUUUCAAAGAUACAGGAAUGACAGUUUUGACGAGGCCUCGAGCGUCCGCCAUGUUGGUGAACUGAAGGAGAUUUACAGUAAUUAAUUCUAGCCUUAUCAUUGAAAUAACUUAAUCGUGACUCAUACAGUUGCAAAGAACUAUCCUUCCUCCUUUCAUUUACGUACUCUUAUCUGAAAAUGGUUAAGCCUGAGCUACGAACGGCUAUAACUUCUCACAGCACUUUUUCGGUACUUAAACGGUACACAAAUUUGGUAGAAAUUGGAAGGCCAAUAUCACCCAUGCCACAUCGAUUUAGACUAAGCCAUUUUAACUAAACAUAGUUUGUUUAUAGCUAAGUUAGAUUGUUGAAUAAAAUAAUUGGGCAAAUGCAACGGAACAGAAGUAUGAUUGCAUGAAUGCGCAGUGGUUCAGCCACUUGGCCGCUAAAACUUCAAAACAAAAUUCGGUGAAUAUUUGAAAAGAAAAUUCUUUAAAAAUUGAUCGUGCCUCUUAAACCCUAUGUAUCGCUUAAAAAACCCUCCCUUGAAAUGUAAACAGAUGAUCUUUUGAUUCUGAUCUUGCGAAGAGCUUGAAAUAUGCGCUAAAAUGAAAAUUAUAAAUUUUGUUACACACGGUACUAGCUCAAGUUCGCUCUUCGAUUUCCCAGACCAAUCGGGAGCCGCUCGUGUACUGCACAGUUACAAUUUUCUCUGUAGUAUUUCGCUGUAUACAGCUACAAAUUACAUAUUUUCUUAGGCAAAGAUAACGCAAACGUUGUCAAUUUUAAUCAAAAGGCUAGAAAAACCAACCGUGCACUGUAGCUUUAUGCAAAUUGUAUGGUAUUCGAUAAUUACACGUGUAAACAGGAACCUACCUUUGCUAAUGUACACUGUUUGGCAGAUCUUUCCAGGGUAAGAUAUAAAACUAGUACAUGAAAUGAAAUUAAAGAACUCAUCAAGUCAAAUUACCUGAUCGUACCGUCAUUACUGAAUAAUAAGUCCGCAAAAUAUGACAUGGAAUGAUCGGUGGGAGACGAAGCUAUUUUUAGGAGGACAAGGAACUGCACGCUGGAACGCAACUGAAAUGAACAACCUCAAUCAAGUUCAGUCUUCUUGACGCUAUUAAACGUUUCACCCGAAUUUGAACAGGAAGUUGUUUUCUAUUUUCUUUCUCAUUCUUGCAUGUAUUCUGCAGUUCGCCCACUAUUUUUUGGUAACUUUUAAUUUUCUAGCUAACUGGAACUGUUAAGAACUACCAACGCCCCUCCCCCCUCCCCCUCUUUGAGUGAACUUUCAUUCGGUCUGAUUCACAAUAAUUUUCGAACGGUGACAAAGUGAUAUUUGAAAUGACAUUUUAUUUAGUAUUUUUAAUAGCUCCUUCUUUUUUUUCCCGAUAGCCAGGAAUGUUUUGAACGUAAAGGCUCAAGUAGCGGUGUUUUUCACGACUCUGCUUGUAGACUAACCUCACCACCAGUACCACGGACAUAAAAUCUGAUCGGAGAGGGUCAUACAGUAACUGAUGGGUCUCUGAAAAGCGAAAUGCAGUCACUUGGGGCGGGUAGGCUAUAUAGAUGAUGAACUCAUUGUUUAUAACCCCAUAACCGUAUCCCAAAAGUAGAGCCAGCCCGGGGCGAGCGAACACAAUUUGGGGGCCACUGGCCACGCCCUUAUGUUUAGCGGGAAAUUGGUUGAUUAGUCAAAUCUCCUUAACUCCACGACCAUGCACCUUUCCAAAUAUAGCCCUUCUUAUCAUCAUAUAGUUAGGGCCUCCCUUAAGCAUUUGAAACUAUUUUGAUUUGUAGAAGACUGUUUAACAGUUUUCAUUACUUUAAUGUCUCGUAAACAACACGAGGUACAUGUUCUGAUCUCCCCCCCCCCCACCCUUCCCCCAUCCAUAACAAAAAAUUUUCAGACCAACACUGAAUUGCAUGAAGGUAUGUACAAAAAUAUGACCAUCUCGAGGCAAGUUUCAUCACUGUAACUUACCACAUAAAAGCCUUUUCGUUGUUUGCCAUCGACUGAUUCUGUUCUGAAUACUAAGGUCCCAUAAACAACGCCACGUUUAGAAAGAGCCCGCCCUUUUCAAUCCAAGAAAACCCAAGUAGCGAUUUCACCAACGGACAUAAGCCGUAAGAAAAGGACCGCGUCAAAUAGUUCAUGAAAUCACAAACGCCUCAUGACACCUUUAAUUCACUCUUUCUUCGAUAAACUAAUUUUUAAUUUUUUAAGCAUAAAUGACAUCAGAAUGCGCGAUUAUGAGCAUUGUAGCUUAUGAAAAGAAAAUUUAACACCUGAUGCACAUGAAAGCGUCUAAGAAGGGGACUAGGGGGAAUUAGGAACAUUGUGCUUACCGCUGGAAAAAUAUUGGCUAGUUCUUUGAAUAGACUCAAUUAAAGCCGUUUUUGUCCAGUAGGGAGCUUUUAGAUGGGGGGAAAGCUACAUAAAGUAGAUCGCAUCAGAAUACGGCAUAGGACUAGGCUCUCAAAAUCGAUAAGCUGAAUGCAAGACCAAUUAUUAUGUAAAACAGAGAAAAAUUCCUUGAGGGAAAAAAAUUAUGGCUAGGGAAAAGACCCAAAGGUGGAAAGUUAGGAUGGUAGCUUCUUUUCAGGUAAUCGAUCAUUUACGUUAACUUCCGCUAUCCGACGGGCAUAUCGGAAAGACUGAAUGGAUGAGAGUAUAACACAUUCAAGAAGAAACAAAUUUGUGAUUUUUCACAACUCAAUAAAAUAACUAAAAUUGUGUACUACUCGGUUAUACAAGAUUUUUGUUUUCAAUUUCAGAUUUUUACGAUGGGGCAUUAGCCCCCGUACUCACUAGACACUACUUUACAAUCAUCGUGUUAAAAUCAGUGAAAUACUCCAAAACAAUUUGGAUUCCUACCCUUAUACCUUUAUUAAAAAUUAAAGUUGGGAAGUUUGUUGUUUUCUAAAAGUAGUUUGAACAGCCGAACGACAUUUUUUUACACGGAGUGGGGAAGGCAAAGCUUCACUUAUCUCUUCUAAGGUAGAAAGUGUCAGCAAAACGUGAGAGUCGUCCUUGAGGGUAAAGUGUCUAACCUAAUUUUCUCACCGAUUGCAAGUGCCAUUUCAUCCACGCAUAACCUCACCUAGUUAACAGAAUUAGCAAAUGUAGUGGGGAAACGUUGCGAGAGAACUGAGUAAGAUGUUAGGGUAAGUUUUGGAAAUUUUCCGCACACCUGGAAAGUCCUGGCUACGCUACUGAUAGAGACUUUUGCUGGAGAGAACUGAAACAUGUUCGCUAAUAUAGUGACGACCAGAAAGGACAAGCCAUAGGAUAAUUCCAGAAAACCACCCAUUAAAAUAGAUCACGAAGUUGUCGCGGCGGAGGAUGAACUUGAAGGCAUCUGAUGAAUUGCAAUUUUUCAAGGGAGCCCAGACAAGAUUAUGUACGAUGGGCACAGCUUGUUUGAUCUGGAAAAUUUAGAGAAGCUCAAGGCAAAUCGCUAGACAACACAUGCUAGAGCUGAACUAAAAAUCUUUUGCGCCUUUGAACUCUGUCCCUAAGGGUAAAGGAGAAAGUUUCCCUUUAAAUAUGCAUUAACCGAGUUGAUUAUGAAUGUAUCCUUAUGUUGGACGUCUUACUAACAAGCACAUUACCACUACUUGCCCUCAGAGGCGUUUUUCAUUUGACGAGCAGAGAAAAUUAGGUUUUGACUGUUUGAAAUUCUGGAUGCCAGAGUGAAGACGCCUUUUGUUUGAUGACGUCAUCGUCCUACAGUAAAAAGCGUUCGUUUUUUACCACUGAUCGAUAUUACGUCAAUCGGUACACUUAUGUUGUCGAAAGGUCCGUGAGCAUGGUAAAUGUUUUUACCUUAAACUGCAGACGCAUCUUCAAUCACUCCUUAUUGUUCGCGAUAUCGGAUAAACACUCUGGUCUCCAACUGAAUUUUCUUUGCUGUUUACUUUAUUUUGAAUUAGGACUGUCUUGAGUUGUCCAUGCAUUGUCUAGCGAUUUUAAGCUUUUUCAAGGAAACAAAAAUCUGGAAUUGUCCCUAGGGUGAGGCAUUUGCGCACAGUUUUAAAGCCCUUCGGUGGGGUGACUGUGGUUUUUGCUGUCCGGGGCUCAUCCCUCAUUCUUCUUAACCCCUUCCAAACCAAUUUUUCUGUUUAUCAAGAAUCUCCUCAAAACGGGCUUCGUGAUUGAGACAAAAUACCUGAAAAUUGUACACGGAACCGUUGUUAACGUUGUACAAGGUAGAAUGAGUCUAUUCAUUACUUUGCCAACGCCCAAUUUUUAAAACCGGAAGUAAUGAUGUUUAUUUCAAGGGCUCAUGUCUCAUGAGUUUUGAGUAAAUCUUCAAACGCUGUAAACACAUGUAGCUGGAACUAUCAUCGCAUCGAUCCUCGCUCACUAAUAAUGAUAACUUAUAUCAACUUCCAUUAUUUAUUGCCUGGCUAAGAUUUUCACGGAUUCUUCAGUUCAGUUGUUUGAAACCAGACGGUUUAACGUGAGUUGUAACGCCAGGCAAGGAACGUGACGACCCGCGAUAUGCGUGGGAAAAUAUUACUUUUUUUCGAUCAAGGUGGAAACUGGCAACUUUGUCGUCGAGUAAGGUAAUACAUCUCAAUUUUCAUUACUAUGGUUAAUUUUAAAAGCUCUGGUUUCGGUAAAGGAACUGGAGGAAAAUCAGGAAAAUUCCAGUUCGACUGUGAUGGUUGAAUUUUGUUUACGCGUCAUAGCAUAAACAUAACAAAUUCAUUUUCCUUUUCCUUAUACAAUCUGCCUUUUUUUAUACUGUUUUUCGCAGCAGAGUUAUCGAUUAUAUUACAGAGGCUAAUUUUAUUACACAGAUCACUCAGAUUUAAUGACAGAAACUCUAUUAUCGAUUGUAAUUUUGGCAACACCUGGCGAGUAUUCGGUGUACAGAUUAUUGACAAAGUCGCUAGAACAGUCUUCCAUUCAUUACUUUUGUUUCUGCUCCGUUAAAUUUGCCCAAUUUUUUUAUUAAUGAACUCGAUUUAACUACAAACAGUGAGUAUUCAGGCAGAUUGGCAAGCUUCAAUGCGAUGUGGCAAAAGAGAUAUACGCCUUUAAAAUUCUGUUAAUUUUGCGGGUGUAAAAAAUUCAAAAAGUAUACCCACCAAAAGUUUAAUCGAUCGUUGCGAAAACGUUAUCAAUUUCGAAGUAGUUUCUAAAAAUACAAUUAAGAGGGAUUGUUCUUUCAAUCUGUAUUGGCAAAGGAAGAUUAGCUUUGAAGACAGGCUUGUAGUCGAAGGCUUAAAAGCAGCUUCUAUUAACCAAUAUGGCGCCGGUCCGAGGCACCCAAAAACCGGCCAUGUCGAUAAUUUUCGAAGUAGGAGGAAUUAGAACCUAAAGUUACCUAUUCCUUAUUAAAGACCUCAAAUCAAGUCUACAUGCCAAUUUUUAGCCAAUUCGGUGAGAUAGUGUGGCAGCGCCUUUUUAAUAUAGCUCGAAUCUUACAGACAACUGCUCUUAAAUUAAUUCAUUUAACAAUUAUUCUUUGAAAUCGAGGUGAAUAGUGGCAAAAUAUUUACCGAGCCGCGAAAGCGGCGAGGUAAAUAUUCCCAAAGCCACUAUUCACCGAGAUUGAGAAGAAUAAUUGUUUUAGUAUAUACACACGAAGUGAUCUCAACAAAAUCAGAAAGGAAACCAUUCAAAAGUAGGAUUUGAUUGACAGAUCAAAUCACGCGUAAGUUUAAAAAUAGAUCUUUGCAGAAUUUUCAAACAUGGCAAUUCACAAGUUUACUCAUUUCGCAAACAACAGCGUAAUGGCUUCAAUGGAAUCGCUAAAAGUUUGAAUUGUUUCCUUACCUGAGAAAAAAAGUAGAGCUGUAUUGUUUUCUGUUGACUCGCCAAGUUUAUAGCCAAAAGGGCAUGUUGUGUCGUUCUUCGCAUGAAGUGCUGACAAAAAUGGCGGCUCGGUUGCUCGAGGUAAGAGGUCGUCUUCCUGUAUCAUUCUUUUUCCUGUUUACUUGAAAUGUAGAAUUUCUGCAAACAUUUCCUUUUAAAUUUGUUUGUCAUAAAUAAACUUCGAUUUUUGAGCCAAAAUUUUCUUCUUAGAAAACGCUGAGUUCACGAAACGGCUUCUUUUACGCGAAUACACGGGAGUUGUAAACAAUCCAUCGAGCACAAAACUCCUGCUACAGUAAAUUGAAAAACGCCGUAUUGAAUCCUUCCAAGUCUUUUCUUGCCUUAAAAAAAGUCAGCCCUAGGAUUUUGUCGACUUUUAAAAGAUCGUUCUCUGAAAAAAACGGGAAAAACACCGAGCUCACACAUUAUCCACUCGCUAGGAGGUGAAUAUUGUUGAAUAGUCCGAGAUAGCGAACCAAUCAGAUUGCUUAAAUCACCAAGAUCACUGAGUGUGUAUAUACUAAAGAUUUAUGUUUUAUUGUAGAGAAAAAAUGAAACAGCAUCUAACCCCUAGUAAAACGCGUUGGUUCGUCUGACCCCUCAAAAAUGAGUUGCUGUAAACAAAUCCAUAUACAAAUUAAUUAAUACAAUGUACAACAAUAAAAUAGACAUUUUUUUAAUUUUAUAUUGAUAUGCUUAUGACUUCUUGUCUUGUGUCAAUAAACAUGUUGGUAGUCAGAAUAGUUUUUGCUGAAAACUAUUAUCUACGAGUUUGAUUAGAAAAAGCACUUAGCCUCGACUUCAUUAAGGGGAAUCAGACGGUCCCUUUCAAUCGUGCUCGCCUGCUUUCUCUCCAAGCCACGUACACACUAUCUGCGAUUUAUGUGCGCGUCCAAUACUCCGUUUCUGUUACCUUUUUCUAUAAUAUACAGACUGAUUAACAUUCUGUUAUGAUUACAGUUAUUAUUGACUAUCGAAAUUCUUGGAGAAUUUUACUGCGACCAGGAUUGUGACGCAAGUUAUUAUGCGUCAAGCAAUAUUGUUAGUUCAUACUGAUUGACUUUCUGAGAAAGUGAGAAAACGGAACAAACGGGUUAUUUUCGGAGUUUGGCUAUUAAAAAAACAGUUCGCUCAAACAAUACGAAGAGUUGUACGGACCAAAUACAAGGUCCACUGAAACCAUUACAUAUCUAGCACACAAUUGAGCAAAAGAGACCUAAAUAUCAAGUUUAAAUGAAUUAAUCUGUCUCUCGUGUAACAAGGGCUAGACAGUAGACAGAGAGGUAGGUUGUUAUUCAUUAAAAAGGUCUACAACAGCUUUAAGUGCACGUCUUGCCGCCAUCUAAAACCGUUGUAUCCAAAAAAGUCAACAGUUUAUUUAUUGGUGUCAAAAAUUACAGACGGUUUUUAUUCCGUUUUCUCCUUUUUCAGUAGUGAUCAGCAAACGUUCAGGAGCAAGAAAAAGUUUCCGCACGGUAAAACGGCUAUGGAUAGUCAUAGGACGCCUCGGUGACGCUUACAUUUUUUAGCUCUAUAACAGCUAAGAGAAGAACUUAAGGUAAAACGUAAUGAAAAUAAAACACAAGAAUCGAGAUUAACUUUAAAUAGUUCUUGUACAACUAGUGUCUGGAUCUUAUACCUUAGUUUUAUUCAAGUUAUUAGGAAGGCUACUAUCGUUUAUAAAUAUGCUCGCUAAAAUAGGUGUAGUCAGUCUUUUCAUUCAUUUCAAUAAUUCUUUUUCGGUAAGGUGUAAUAAGACAUAAUUGAGGCAAUUAUGGCAGGUACAAACUCCCUUAAGCGAUUUCUUUGUUACGUUGCCAUGAUGACUCCGAUUGCAAUACAACCCAGAUCAUAAGAAAUUUUCAACUUUAUAUAAUACAGUUGUGGUAAUCUUUAACCUAUAUCUUUACUUAUGGCGACGUAGUUAAUGGUCAAACUUGGGAGAUAUCCCCCCCAAAAAAUCUAGGCUUCCUCUAUUUAUUUUUUUGACUGCAGGGGUAAACUAGUUUAACGGAAAGAGGACUGAUUUAGAUUUUUGUGUAAUAAUGUUAGUGGUAGGUUAGAUUUAUUACCAUAUAAAGAAGUGGAACACUCUUAUGCUAAUUCUCUUGUAUCUUUCAUAUAUUUUUACUCUAAUUGGUUAUUUAAAGAUAUGGAAUCUCUGAAACCACAUUCCAGUAAAAGCACUAAUUAUCGAGCAAAAUGAUGCAUAACUUCCUCUUAUUUUUUUUUUUUAGAAUUGAGACUCUAGCCACAUUGAGUACUUGCCAUUUACAUAGGAAAACUAAAAAUUCGCGCGGAAAAUCAAAUGGUUCUCAUCACUACCGUUUAGAGUCUUCAGAAAAUGGGGGCUUUGUUCUUAGGCGAUACGACGUUUUACUCCUUUCAGACUUCUCACCUGAUUUCGAAAUACUUUUUUAGCGAGCUGUUCCCGCACCACGAUAAAUUUUAGAAUUUUAUGUUUUAUGAAGAGAAAAAAUGAAAGAGCUUCUAAUCUCUAAAACGCGUUGGCAGUUAAAAAAUCUGACCCCUCAAAAAUGAGUUACUCUAAAGAAAUAUAUAUACAAAUUAAUUAAUCAAACUAUUAGAGUGGGAGUCCUUAGUGGAAGUGCGUGUGCGUGAUGUAAGCUCACAGGAUCGAAGUAUAUGCAUCCGGCAAAAAUAAAUGCUCUCUUCUUGGUAGCUUAAAAUCUAUACAGGGUGUCCCAGAAGUUAGUUCCUCUAAAUUCAUGCACCAUAACUUUUGAUCAAAACUUUGUUUUAUUGCUAGAAGAUGUUUAUUUUUCUAUUGAGUACAUGUAUUGAGAAUUUCAGUAACUGGCAUGCCCUUUUUGAUUUUUUUAUCACAUUCUGUAGCCGUUGCGGCACGAAGUGGGAUACAGCGUGUAGACCCACAGAUGAUCCAUUUUGAGCUUUUUUAUCAUCUGGUGCGCAAGAGCUAGUUCAACCCCCCGACCAAUAUUUGUUUAGUUUAGGCAGCUGGAAAUAAAUAGAUUUUGGGCAUUCAUCCGAAAAAGAUAAUCAUCCCGGCUUCCUUCCACAGCAAGGUUUUGUACUUCAGUAUAAAACUUGAGACGAGCUUGGCGUUACUUGGCACACUAAGCAAAGGUUUUCUUUUGCCAUCUUAGGGGCCUCUAAUUUUAAACAUUUUAAACAGCUUUUCAUGACCCUUUCGAGACUUGGCUUGCUAACUAUGCGAGAGUUUUCUCGUCGAGUCUCCUUUUUUGUAUCUAGCUUUCUUUAAAACUAUCUAGCUGUUUUAUUCGGGAGUUUUGCUCUUCCCCUUCAUUUCUUACCUUCAAAACCUUCAUUCCUUCAUGAUCAUUUUACCACCCAACAUUCGGUAUUUUUUUCCAGUUUUUUAGCAGUUUCUACGACAGAUAAGCAAGUAAAUAGAAAUAUACAUGCUCAUUCGCUAAAAUAGCUGAACGUUUUUGCGUUAAGGGGAUUUAUCUUUCGUGAUAUUCACAAAAAAACAAGGAAGGAGCUCGAGCAAUUCGGACUAUAAAAUACAAAAAAUAUGUGGCUGGAAAAUAUAGUCGCGCACGCGCGCCUUUGGCGCGGAAUUACACAAAUCGAAUAUUCGAAUCAAAAAAUGGCACAACAAGUAUGGAAAUGGUGAAUUAGACUGAAAGACAAUUUGUUUUUUCAAUGCUUUGCUUACCAAGUCCAAUCGUACUGAAAUACAGACUUUUUCCUGGUACCUUUACAAUCUCUGUCAGUAGUCGGGGCGGGGGGGAGAGGCGGUCAAUAGAAGUUUUGGUAGAAGUGUGCUACCAAAGCACACUUUUACAGAAGUUAAUUUUUUCCCGACUGAUUUAAUCUUUUUUUUUUGUUUCUUCACACUUUUUAAAACACUUCUAGUUUUUAAGACGUUUUAAGAUGCUAAUACUAAAAUAUUUUAACCUGACUCAAGAACCAGUCAUACUAUUUUCAGCGGCGCGCACGUAUCCGUUAAGACAAAGUGGGGGAGUCCCAGGAGAGGGGCUAAUUCAUUUUGUUUCACUAAAUUAGAUGUAAUGACUAACCAAGUUAUGAUAGUAAAACUGUGAAAGGUUUGAACCCAGGAGUCAUUUCAAAAGUAGGUUGAGUUUGAUCGUCCGGGUGAACGUAGUCCUGAAUUGGACUGUUGUUGUUGACAGUGACUGACGUUUCGACAACCUGUGCGGUAGUCAUCUUUAGAGUCAAAGUGAGUUGUAUCACGUCAGUAUAUGGUAUUAUACUCUGGUUAUUGAUCUGAUUGGUCAAUUAGGUCGCGAUGUUAUUGGUCGUCUGUCAGUUAAGCCGUGAUGUCAUUGGCUAUGAAGACUCGUAAUCAGUAAUUGGUGCGUUUCGAUCCGUCUAUUGUCACAGUUAAACGGUCGUCUAUUGUUAGUCAAAUUGUCAGUUCUCCAGCCGUUCUCACGUAGUUAGUUUUGCUUGAUCUCGUCAAUAAGUCGUUUGUACGGCGCUGGUAACCGUUGGCUACGAUUCGGUAACGUUUGUUCUAAGUUAGUAAACCAGCUUUCUAAAGUAAGGCGUUGAUAGUAGUCUGUAGAAUACGUUAUACAUGUCGCAGAGUCCCAGUCAAUUUGAUGUUUCGUCUUUAAAUAGUGCUCAGCAAUGUGAUUGUUGACGUCGCCAUUCCUCGUCGCGCGUUUGUGUUCGGUCAGUCGCGUGCUUAGGUUUCUGCCGGUUUCACCAAUGUAAGAAGCCUGGCAGUCGCAGCAUUUGAUCUUGUAUACUGCUCCCUGUCUGUCCUCCGGUUUGUCUUUGUCCUUGACAUUAGUAAGCUGUCGGCGUAAAGUGGUUAUCUGUUUGUGUGCAACACGUAUAUUGUAAGGUUGUGAUAUACCUGUAAUAGUUUCAGAGGUGCCUCUGAUGUACGGUAUAUUCGCUGUCGCAACAGGGCCAGAGUUGGUCUGAGCGUUGGAAUCAGUGUUACUGUGAGUGUUCCGUCUAACAAAGUCCGUGUUGUAGUUGUUCUUACUAAAAACGUUGUUAAGAUAAUCAGUCUCGUCUUGUAGGCUGUCAGGUGAGGUUGAGUAGGUCCAUAAUGUCGUCUGCAGGUAGUGGUACAAACCCAACAUACCUAUGCGGCCCAUAGUUUCUUUCUGUGGGUCCCCAACCUACCAACUGUCUAAAUACUUAACUAACGUACUGAAACCGCUGACUGACGAAUCUAGACACAAACUACAGUCUACUGGGAACUUUAUUGACGCCAUUAAGACAAUACAGAUACCGGACGACCACAAACUAGUGUCCUUUGACGUGAAAUCGCUAUUCACCAGUAUUCCACUUCAACUGGCUCUAGACUGUACUGAGUUCGCUAUUAAGAACUCUGCUGUGGAACUACCACUACCUCAGUACAGACGACAUUAUGGACCUUCUCAACCUCUGUUUGACUUCGACGUACUUUCAGUACAACGGCAAACACUACAAACAGUUACACGGUACAGCUAUGGGCUCCCCAGUUUCUGUUGUUGUAGCAGAAAUUGUCAUGCAAAACAUCGAGGAACAAGCCCUAGCUACCUACACGCGAACUGUACCUCUUUGGUUACGUUACGUUGACGACACAUUCACCGCCGUAUACAACGACGGAAUCGACGAUUAUCACGAACACCUUAACUGACAGAACGCGGACAUACAGUUCACAAGGGAGAUCGAAGAAAAUGGUAAGAUACCUUUUCUAGACUGCUUGGUCACUCGCGACAGCAACAAACUAAAAACGACUAUUUACAGAAAACCGACACAUACCGACCGAUUACUAGACCAGUCUUCGUAUAACCCGACCUCUCACAAGGCUACUACUAUCCGGACUCUGACGAGAUGAGUGCAACUAGUUUGCGACUCACCUGACAGUCUACAAGACGAGACUGAUUAUCUUAACAACAUUUUUAGUAAGAACACAGAAGAACAACUACAACACGGACUUUGUUAGACGGAACACUCACAGUAACACUGAUUCCAACACUCAGACCAACUCUGGCCCUGUUACGACAGCGACUAUACCGUACAUCAGAGGCACCUCUGAAACUAUUACAGGUAUAUCACAACCUUACAAUAUACGUGUUGCACACAAACAGAUAACCACUUUACGCCGACAGCUUACUAAUGUCAAGGACAAAGACAAACCGGAGGACAGACAGGGAGCAGUAUAAAAGAUGAAAUGCUGAGACUGCCAGGCUUCUUACAUUGGUUAAACCGGCAGAAACCUAAGCACGCGACUCACCGAACACAAACGCGCGACGAGGAAUGGUGACGUCAACAAUCACAUUGCUGAGCACUAUUUAAAGACGAAACAUCAAAUUGACUGGGACUCUGCGACAUGUAUAACGUAUUCUACAGACUACUAUCAACGUCUUACUUUAGAAAGCUGGUUUACUAACUUAGAACAAACGCCACUGAAUCAUAGCCAACAGUUACCAGCGCCGUACAAACGACUUAUUGACGAGAUCAAGCAAAACUAACUACGAGAGAACGACUGGAGAACUGACAAUUUGACUAACAAUAAACGACUGUUUAACUGUGACAACAGACGGAUCGAAACGCACCAAUUUCUGAUUACGAGUCUUCAUAGCCAAUAACAGACGACCAAUAACAUCGCGACGUAAUUGACCAAUCAGAUCAAUAACCAGAGUAUAAUACCAUCUACUGACGUGAUACGACUCACUUUGACUCUGAAGAUGACUACCGCACAGGUUGUCGAAACGUUAGUCACUGUCAACAACAACAGUCGUAUUCGGGACUACGUUCACCCGGAAGAUCACACUCAACCUACUUUUCAAGUUAUGAUAAUCUACAGACUGAUCAAUAUUCUGUCAUUACAGUUAUCAUUAAGGGCGAUACUCACGAGGGAUUUUGCUCCCGGAGCAUGCUCCAGGGGCACGUUCCGGGAGCAAAGCUCCUCCGUGUGUACCAACAAUUUCAUGGGUAUACUUCAUCCUCGGGAGCAAGCUCCCAGGGCAAAUUGAGCGAACUUGAAAACGCUCCCUCGUGUGUACUGACACGUGCAAAAUGAGCCUGGAGCAUGCUCCGGGAGCAAAACCCCUCGUGUGUAUCGGGCUUUACAGUUAAUAUUGACUAUCAAAAUUAUUGGAGAAUUUUAUUGUGGCGCAAGUUAUUAUGCGACAAGCAGAAUUGCUAGUCAAUACCGAUUGACUUUCUGCGAAAGUGGGGAAACGUAAUAAACGGGAUAUUUCCCGAUAUUAUAUAUUAGAAAAACAGUUAGCUCGAACAACACGUCUUAUCUUGUGUUAUAAGGACCUCGGGGCAAAAAAAAUUGUCAGUUUAUACGCUUAAUACGCUUAUAAGCUACUUUUUACUGACAACCUUCCUAUGCAUUUUUUGUCCAGAACACCAUCAGUAGAGGUACCCCAUAGCGGUGUAGAUUCAUCCUAAAAUAUCAUUCAAAAAAAUGAAAAUUGCGGAUAGUGUAUUUAUGUUUUUGCUUAAAAAUACAUUGAAGUUGUGUCAACCAAUAACAAAUGGCAAUGUAGUAAAGUACACAGGGAAAAAAUAGUGAAAUAAGCCCACCCAGAUAUCACUAGUAGUACAGCAUGUAACACUAUCUGAAGCAUUCUGUUAUGCUUUUUCUCAUGUUUUUACGACGCAUUUUUUCCUUUCCCUUACGAACUUAAAGGAUCCUUAUCCUUUGCCUUAUCCAUGGGCCCUUACUUGAUAAGGCUUUUGUAUUCCAAAUAGCUUUAGUAACUUGCUGCUGGUGGUACGUUAGAUAUAUUGGCUCAUGAACCGGUCGAAUUACUAAAAUUACGUGUUUAAUAUGACAAAUAACGCCUUAUGAUCAUUCUGUUACAUCCUUUAUAUCUUUUUUUCUCCAGUUUUUUUUUUGUUUGAAGGACAGUGGCGAGAAUAUCUAAAGCCACAUUCCAGGGUAUGAACGUAUUUAUCGUUUCAGUUCCAAAUGAGUAAGAACGAAAGAGAAAUAUGCGAAUUCGAAGUGGAUUUCAAGAAUUGUUUUGUUUGCUCCCUAAUCUAAGUAAUGAUAACAUAAUUUCUGCCUAAAGGCCAGGACUGAAAACGGGUGUGGGAAAUUAAUUAAUUUUUUGGUCUGAAAUAUGGUCAGGAUUUGGAGAACCUGGCGGCACAUUCCCACCAAUAAUUCCCAGGAGUACCCCCCAUCCCCAGCCCCGAGAAGGGAACUUCCAAUUGGAUCGUUUCCUUCUCAUGUUUUACGUUCGUUUCUGACAUCUCUCUAAAAAUUUGACUUAUGUAGGGUACAUUGCAUGGCCAAAAAAUAUUCACAGAUAUGUUUAAGCAAACCGGCGUUCCGAGGUGGGAAGUUACGAAUACUUCAACAAUGUACACAACAAGUUGGACAUUACAAAUCAAACUUUUUUUGGUCAAACUAUGUUACAAAGAACUUGGUUGAUUUCUUUAGGUGUGCGUUUAUCGAGUUAUGGGUGCACUAGGGACGUUUAAGGAUGCAAAAGAGCUCAGAAGGGGAGUUCAGGGUGCAAUUAAGAAGCUUUCCACGUGCGUCCAUAACUCCAUACACAUCGAUUCUUAAUUGAAAAGUGAUGAUAAGUACCUGGUUCUCAAAGCAAUUCAAACUUGACUCCGAAAAAUGAUUUUACAGUCAGUGACCCGGGUGACUCAGAAAACUAGGAAAUCGAAGUACUUCAAAUUGAAAUCAAACUAAUGACCUUCUGAUUACUAGUUCAGGCCUCAGUUGUUCAAGAGGUGGAUAGAUCACCACUGAUCUGCCGUGGAUAACGCAGUUAGAUUUCGUCAUACAUACUGUGGUAUUCCGGGAUAGCGAUGUAUCCGUGGAUUGCGCUAUCCAACUACUGAACAACCGGGGCUAGAUGCUCUAACUCCAGGCUUGGUUACAGGAGAAUCGUGAGAGGUAAGGCCUCUAAACUGGGCUCAUGUGACAGAACCUGUAACCUGCGGCUUAGGCUUAUGCAGUGGUAUUGUAGAGUCCUUUUAUCAGUUUCGUUACUUUUAUAGCGCUAAUUUGUAUAAUAUGUUUAAUAUCAUUUAGGUUUUCGUUUGGCUUUUAUCGUUUUACACUUCUUCUUAUCUUGUUUUAUUUUCUAUUUUUUCAGGACCUCUCUGAAAAUCACCCUAGUCAGGAGCCCAUGGGCCCCUGCUCUAGUGAGAGAGUGUCCUGGUUAAAGAUUAAGAGAUUAAAAAAAAAAAUACUCGGGUCCUUGAGUGGGAACAGGGGCAGACCGGCUGCUCCGGAGGUUUCUUUGAGGGUUGCGAAUAAAUCGGUGAGGGAAACCAACAGAAGAGGAAAACAGAGAGAGAAGAAAUGA